UAGAAGAGGUAACCUACCUACUGAGGAUUUGGGGGGCUGUUGCUGCUGCUGCUGCGCCCGUGACGUCGGUCCGUUCAGACUGAGACAGAGCAUUCACUUUGGAUGGGCACUUGCACAUAACAGUUCUCACACUGAUUCUUCAACCCCCAGCUUUUUAUGUGAAGAGACCCCCCUGGUGCUAAAGACAAGAUGAAGUCUCUGCUGUUACUCUUCGCUUCACUAUUCUCGCUCUGCAUCGCACAGACCUUUGAAGAUGCCUACAGUGACCUGGAAUCCUACAACCUCAGGACCAUCUACAUCACAGAAAACGGCCCAAAGCUGACAGUGGUGACAGACCAAGCCAAGGUCAUCUCUCGUCGGGGGGCCAACGCUACACUGCCGUGCCGGUUCCACAGGACCCCCUCCGCUGGCCCCAACCCCAAGCUGCGCAUCAAGUGGACGAAGCUCACCGCCGACUACCUGCGGGAGGUGGACGUCUUCGUUGCCAUGGGUUACCACAAGCGGAGCUACGGCAAGUUCCACGGCCGGGUGCACCUGCAGGGGGACGGCGACAACGACGCGUCGCUGGUCAUCAAUGACCUCACCCUGGAGGACUACGGGAGGUACAAGUGUGAGGUCAUCGACGCGCUGGAGGACGGAACUGCCGUGGUCUCCCUUGACCUGCAAGGUGUGGUUUUCCCCUAUUUCCCGCGCUUCGGGAGGUACAACAUGAACUUCCACGACGCGGAGAAGGCCUGCGUGGACCAGGACGCGGUGGUGGCCUCGUUUGACCAGCUGUACGACGCCUGGAGGGCGGGCAUGGACUGGUGCAACGCCGGCUGGCUGAGCGACGGCUCCGUGCAGUACCCCAUCACCAAGCCCCGGGAGCCCUGUGGGGGGCGCAACACCGUGCCGGGCGUCAGGACCUACGGCAAGCGCAACAAGGACAAGCACCGCUACGACGUCUUCUGCUUCACCUCCAAUUACAACGGUCGCUUCUACUACAUGGGCCGCCCGGGCAAGCUGACGUACGACGAGGCCGUUGCGACAUGCCAGCGCGACGGGGCGGAGAUCGCCAAGGUGGGCCAGAUGUACGCCGCCUGGAAGCUGCUGGGCUUCGACCGCUGCGACGCCGGCUGGCUGGCGGAUGGGAGCGUGCGCUACCCCAUCAGCCGGCCCCGUCGCCGCUGCAGCCCCGACGAGGCCGCCGUCCGCUUCUCCGGCUUCCCCGACCGCAAGCACAAGCUCUACGGCGUCUACUGCUUCAAGAGAGACGAGUGAGGAUGAGAGAGGAUGCAGUCAAUUGGAAAUGCACUGUUAAUUUAGCACUUAGGGAGUAGUACUCUGGCACCAGAUACACUCUGGUCAAUGUCUUACUCUCUAAGAGUUGAAUUAACACUGCAUUUGUCAUUGUGGGGGGACGUGGAGAUGAAGGAGAAGAGGAAGAGGAGGCCAUCGUUUAUCUAUGGUGUCUCUGAAUCUGAACGAAGGGAGCAGCGAGCAGCGAGCAGCGACGAUGAACAACCAAAAAAAUAAACAUUGAGAAGCAAAAAGCAGCAAUUAUUGAAAAAUCUAAUGAGAAAAUGAGAAAGAAAGCAUGAUAAAGAGAGAACAAAGAGAGAAAAAUGAAAGUUAGAUAGAGAGAUCGUGCCAGAGGAGAUGCUACUAGGGAUGCAUUGAAACUGUGAUUUAUUUGUUUUCCUUUUGAAUACUGUAAAAAAAAAAAUGGAUGCGUAGGGAUAGGUGAGAGUAAAUUUCAUACAAUUUUCACCUUUUUAAAAAUAUAUAUAUAUUAUUUCACCUCAGUGUUAUUCAUCUACGUAUAUUGUUUCUAUUUAAU